CAUCCGUACUAACCCUGCCAAUCAAAACUGGUCACGCAAAGAUUGAAUAGGAUAAAAAAAAAUGUCUCACGGUGGGUGAGGUUAUGUUUUCCUUUCCUCAACAGGAUUUCUCAGAUCGGCUUAGCAGGCCAACUCCGUCUUUUCUCUCUGCUGAACAAUCGUCGUUGUCUUUCCUCGAUUAGAUCUCUCCGAUCUCAUCGAAUUGUAAUAAUUUGGAACGAAGCCGUAGUACCUGAACUCUGAUCUUCUAUGGCUCCGCCGGCGCAAACCGUGCGAUCGUCUUCGCCUUCUCAACCUUCCGGGAAAGGGGAAGUUUCCGAUCUCAAAUUACAGCUGCGACAGCUAGCAGGCAGCCGAGCUCCGGGAGUGGAUGAUUCAAAGCGAGAGCUUUUCAAGAAGGUGAUAUCUUACAUGACCAUUGGUAUCGACGUCUCAUCUCUUUUCGGAGAGAUGGUGAUGUGCUCCGCAACAUCAGACAUUGUUUUGAAGAAAAUGUGUUAUCUGUAUGUUGGUAACUAUGCGAAGGUCAAUCCUGAUCUUGCACUUUUGACGAUCAAUUUUCUUCAAAGAGAUUGCAAGGAUGAUGAUCCUAUGAUCCGGGGGCUUGCAUUGAGGAGUUUGUGUUCGCUACGGGUAGCUAAUCUGGUGGAGUAUUUGGUCGGGCCCUUGGAAUCAGGAUUAAAAGACAGUAAUAGUUAUGUGAGGAUGGUGGCAGUCAUUGGAGUUUUGAAACUGUAUCAUAUCUCAGCUUCAACAUGUAUAGAUGCAGAUUUCCCAGCAACGCUUAAGCACUUAAUGCUCAAUGAUUCAGAUACUCAGGUGGUUGCAAAUUGUCUGUCUGCACUGCAAGAGAUUUGGAGCUCAGGAGCAGCCACCUCCGAGGAAGCUUCCAGGGAGAGGGAAACUUUACUUAGCAAACCAGUUGUAUACUACUUUUUGAAUCGGAUCAAGGAAUUCAGUGAAUGGGCACAAUGUCUUUUACUCGAGCUGGUAGCUAAGUAUGUACCGGCAGAUAGCAGUGAGAUUUUUGACAUCAUGAAUCUUCUGGAAGAUAGACUUCAGCAUGCAAAUGGUGCUGUUGUCUUGGCAACCAUCAAAGUAUUUCUACAGUUGACUUUGUCCAUGACUGAUGUUCAUCAGCAGGUAUAUGAACGUAUUAAAGCCCCCCUCCUAACCCUAGUGAGUUCAGGAAGUCCAGAGCAAUCUUAUGCAGUUCUAAGCCACCUUCAUCUGUUGGUGAUGCGUGCACCAUAUAUAUUUUCUUCAGACUAUAAACAUUUCUAUUGUCAGUACAAUGAGCCAUCUUAUGUCAAAAAAUUGAAGCUUGAAAUGUUAACUGCUGUCGCAAAUGAGAGCAACACAUAUGAAAUUGUGACCGAAUUAUGUGAAUAUGCUGCAAAUGUUGAUAUUCCCAUUGCAAGAGAGUCCAUCCGUGCUGUUGGGAAGAUAGCAUUACAGCAGUAUGAUGUGAAUGCAAUUGUUGACCGGCUUCUUCAGUUUCUGGAGAUGGAAAAGGAUUAUGUGACUGCUGAAGCUCUGGUCCUUGUAAAAGAUCUUCUUAGGAAAUAUCCGCAAUGGAGUCAUGAUUGUAUUGCUGUUGUUGGAAAUAUCAGCAGCAAAAACGUUCAAGAACCCAAGGCCAAGGCAGCUCUAAUAUGGAUGUUGGGGGAAUAUUCCCAGGAUAUGCAAGAUGCACCUUAUAUUUUAGAGAGUUUGAUUGAAAAUUGGGAAGAUGAGCAUUCUGCUGAGGUUCGCUUGCAUCUUCUAACAGCAGUAAUGAAGUGUUUUUUCAAGAGGCCACCUGAGACUCAGAAAGCCUUGGGAGCUGCAUUGGCUGCAGGGCUUGCUGAUUUACACCAGGAUGUUCAUGAUAGAGCCUUAUUCUACUACAGGCUUUUACAGUACGAUGUAACUGUAGGAGAACGUGUAGUCAACCCCCCAAAGCAAGCUGUUUCUGUGUUUGCUGAUACCCAGAGCAGUGAAAUUAAGGAUCGCAUAUUUGAUGAAUUUAACAGUUUGUCCGUUGUAUACCAGAAACCAUCUUACAUGUUUACCGAUAAGGAACAUCGUGGUCCAUUUGAGUUCUCAGAUGAGCUUGGAAAUUUAUCUAUUGGGACAGAGUCUGUAGAUACAACUGUUCCAGUUCAUAAAGUUGAGGCAAAUGACAAAGACUUGCUUCUUAGUACAACAGAGAAGGAAGACACUAGAGGUCCCAUUAAUGAUGGUGCAUACAGUGCUCCUUCAUAUGAUGGUUCAUUGGUGUCUCUUGCUGCCCCACAAACACAGCCGGAGGUGGCAACUUCAAACCCCAGUGUAAAAGAGCACUCGCAGUCUAGCUUUGCAAUUGAUGAUCUGCUUGGUCUUGGUCUGCCAGCGGCCCCUGCACCUGCACCUUCACCUCCAUCGUUGAAGCUAAAUUCAAAAGCUGUUCUAGAUCCAAGCACUUUUCAGCAAAAAUGGCGCCAACUGCCAAUAUCUUUAUCACAGGAGUAUUCUGUCAGCCCACAAGGAGUUAGUGCAUUGACCACACCUCAAGUGCUCCUUCGGCAUAUGCAGACUCAUUCCAUCCAUUGCAUCGCAUCAGGCGGUCAAUCCCCUAACUUCAAGUUCUUCUUCUUUGCCCAAAAAGCAGAAGAAUCAUCUACCUUUCUUGUGGAGUGUAUAAUCAACACAUCCUCAGCGAAAGCUCAAAUAAAGGUCAAAGCUGAUGACCAAAGUGCCUCCCAGGCCUUUUCAUCCUUGUUUCAAUCAGCUUUAUCCAAAUUUGGCACAGCAUGAGUAAAAGAGUCAGGGGAAAAUAUUUAUUUGUCCAGUGUUCUUUGUCGAAUUCCCUUUUUGCCGAGGCAGAGGUAUGAGGAACCAAAAUGAGAGAGAAAUAGGAAUGGAAACAGCCUUUUUGGGGUAGAGGUGUAGAUCAGUGUACAAUGUAAUUGCAGACUAUGGUGGAAAUUUUUUUCUCCACUAGUUGUGUAAUAUCUAAAACCCACCGCUUCCCAACUUGUUCAAACAUAGAAUGUUACUGGUGGAAACAUAAAAGUCACCAGUUUCUUGUGUAGUUGAGCCUCCUUCUCUUCGGAAAACAUCUUCAAUUUAUAUAGAAGUUUCUCUCUGUACCAUGACAUUACUAAAAAAGAGGGUUGUGAUUAAUAAUUAAUUUUUAGUUUGUGGA